UAAGAUAUAGAAUAUAAUAUUGAAACAAAAUUGUGUUAAUAUUUGUUCUACAUAGAAACAUAUUUUCGAUCGAGUUUAUGAACAAUUUUAAAAUGUAGAAAGGGACAAAAAGGUUUAAAAAUUGGUUACACUGUUGUGUAGACAUUUUGACAGCAGAUGGGCCAUAGAAUGGAGAUUGUUUUUCUAGCUGUCCUUACAAUUUGGUUUGAAAUGUUUGCCGGCACAGCCAGCCACACAGUCCUGGAGGAGUACAACUGCGGUCAGGCUGACGUCCAGUACAAUGUCACCCUAAAAGGAGGCACGAUGGCAGGCUCGUUCAGGAACUACGGACCCGCGAAGAACAUCCAGGAAUGCAUACACAAUUGUUGCAUGGCCAAGAAGUGCGAUGUCGCCAUGAUGGCUAGCAACCGUUGCUACGGAGUUCGCUGCUAUAAUUCGACCAUGUGUAGCACUGUACCGGCCGAAGGGAAAGCCGCUGAAGAGGACAUGCAAAUUGCGCAUGUCACGCCGAAAGGAAAUGUGAAUAUUGACAAACUGGACCCGAAGGAUAAAGAGAAAUUCGAUCUAGAGGCAAAAUGCCCGCACAACGAGGUCAUGUACAACGUUAAAUUACGAGGAGGCCUUUUGGCGGGAAAAUUUACGGAUAUUGGGAAAGUGCGAAGCAUCAAAACAUGCAUCAGAUAUUGUUGCCAAUCACAGAAGAAAUGCGAUUUGGCGUUUUUGCUGAAAGAUAGAUGCUAUCUGGUGAAGUGCUAUAACGAGGAGAGAUGUCAGGCUCUUCCCUCGCCAUCAGUGGAUUUUAACUUCGAACAGAAAAUGGCAUUCGUGGCUCCGUGGCUUUAUAAGGCAAACAAAAAGUUAGUGACCGUCCCGUCUGGGCAAUCACCACAUCACAUCCAAUGUACACAAAGUAAGGUCUACAACAAUGUCAAAAUUAACGGCGGCUCCACAGCAGGGGACUUUACGGACGUCGGAAAAGUAGGACGAAUGCAUAUCUGCACGAGGUUGUGCUGUGAGGAGCCUGCGUGCGAUCUUGCCUACAUGGUACGACAGUCUUGUUUUUUGGUCAAGUGCGCGGAUGAGAAGAAGUGCCGGGUUAUUGGAGCCGGAAUAGAGGACAAAAAACAAAACUCAACCACAGAUACGUCUGUUCAAUAUAUCAUUAAAAGAAAAUACAACGUUCAGUUCGGAAAAGACGGCGUUCCCAUGACAACGAAGGAGAAGAAAGAGCAAAUGCGAUGCCGGGUGAAAGGUCGGGUUCAAAAGAACGCUGUCCUGCGCGCGGGCAUGAUCUCGGGGGACUUGACAAGACAUCCGAAUAUAAAAAGAAUAAAACCUUGCGUAAGGAAAUGUUGUCAGGAUAUCAAAUGCGAGGUUGCUGUAAUGUUAGAGGAUAUUUGCUACACAGUUAGGUGCGUCAACAAAGAGUAUUGUAAGUCAAGGCCCGCACCACCUUCAGCUUAUUCCAAGAAACCAAUGGUAGCUUUCGUGGAAAGAGAAAACACGUACAAAGAUCCAUACGAGGUACAACAUAAGAUUGACAACAAGAACUUCAAAGAUGAAGAUAUCGAUGAUGACGAGGAGGAUGAUGAAGACGAUGAAGAUCUUAGUCAAGCCACUAAAACUUAGAACAAAUCGAUCAAGGAAGUUUGCAGCUUAGAUUUAUGACAACGCGAUCAGGAAGGGGCAAUACAAGUCUAGAUAUAGUUAUCAUUUGAUUGAAGUUAUUAAAUAAAAAUAAUUUUUAUAUGAAAA